AUGUUUUUCGACCAACAAUCUGAUCAUGAUGACGAUAACAACGAUGGUAUUUCUAUUCCUGACGUGCUGAAUGAAGAAGAUGAAGAAAAAGAAAGAAAUCUUGAGCUGAUUGAUAAUAUUGCUUUUCACAACGGAGAACAACGACCAUGGUCUGAUUUCACUCUUGCGACAUUAACCAGUAAACAUGAGACAUCAGAUGACACUACUUCUCGUUUAAGUAAACGUGAUCGUGGCAAAUCAGCACCACAUCUUCCAAUAUCCGCUGAGAAUGCUGCCGAAGAUUAUCGUCGUCGUAUAAAUUUAUAUUCGACACAAAAGCGUCCGCUUACCAGUACAUCUCAUCAUCGAAAAUCUCAACCGUAUCAAUUUGUUCAAUUACAGCGAUCACUCGCAGCUGCUGGCUUGUUAAACUCGGAAAAAGAUAGAGAACAAUUUGAAUCAGACUAUUUAGGAGUUUUGGGUGAUGGAAAAAAAUUUGAAUUGUUUCUCAACGACUACUAUUCUCGUAUUGAUAAACAUUUUAAAGACAUUGAACAAGCACAAAUUUUGAGAAAAAGUCGUGCAUUUGCUUUUGAAGAUUUGGUCACAAAUUUCAUGGCAUUAGAUCCAUCCCGUGAUAUUAAAAUUGAAUUUGUUAAUGAUAAACCAUCAAAAUCAGAUGUCAUCGCGUAUUCAUCAGGAAGAAAAUCUGCAACAGUUGUUACGCAUGUAUUCGAUGAACACGGUGAUUUAUUUUAUGAAAGACGUGCAGAUCGUCUUAUCAAAAAUCAGAGUAAAGCGCGUGACGAAAUAACAUUGUACGCAAAAAAAGCUGCUGAACAAUUGCAUGAAAAAUUUCCAAAGAUGGACAGUGUACCGCAUCGUGUGAAAAUUAUUGAUCGUCGUGAAGUGUCUGGCUCUGACGCACGAAGCAUCGCCUUUCAACAUCAUCGAAAACAAAUGUCAAUAAUUACAAAACGUAGAAAUAUUAUUAUGAAAAUGUUAGGAAAUACGCAAAAAUAUCAAAUGAAAACGAUACAUUUAAUGCAUAAUACACAGAGCAAUCAUCUAAAUUCAGUUUUACCAUGUCAUGAACUUCUUAGUCGCGCAAAGCAAGUCGAACAAAAUAUUCGUGAGGACUAUCUUGAUGUUAUGAGACCUUCUCGAAAAUUGUCCAUUGUUGAUACUACCUUUGAGUCGCUGCAAUUGAAUUAUUUAUCUCGUCUAGCUACAACAGAUGAGAGAAGUGAACGAUCAACACUAACAAACACAAAUGAUAAAAGUUCAGUAAGAACAACCACAACAAAAUCUUCAUCAUUCAAUGAUGCAUUAUCAUUAAAACAAGUUGAACAACAAAACGGAAGAACCUUAACUUCAACAUUCACGCGACCAUAUACGGCACAUAUCAAAACAUCGUGGGCUAACUAUGUUUGA